GCGUAGGGCUGCGUUAUAAUCCAAGCAACUAACCUAGACAAACUCCGGAAGAUCGAGUCUACAUAAUAAGUUAGAACAAUCUUUACUACAGUCUACAUAUCACUUGCGUGCCUCGGUUUAAGCUCAUAUAAAAUCGACCCUUGAUGAUUUUAGCGUAAAAAGAACCCCUCUAAUAUUGAGAAGUGACGCCACUGCCGAUAGGAAAAUGGACAUCUCUCAAUCCUCGAUCGAAUCCUCUAUAUCUCUAACAUCUCACAAUCUAAAAACCGGCGACUGAGAAAUAUCCUGAGACGUGCACAAGCACAAUCUAAUAUAGCACUUCGCUCCGAAUUUGAAAAGGACUUACUACUCCUUUCGGCCAUCAGGGACCUAAAGCGGGAAACCGAGGGAUUCUUAAGACAUCAUCGCAAUGGCACCGCUGACUCCACACUGGGACCAGCCCUCGCAUCCUGACAUCCAAGAUGUGAUUAUCAACGCGCAUGAGUUUACAUCUAAAAGCCUGUCCAAAAUCUCCCUACCUCCUUUCGGUCUAUAUGCGAAACUGGACUUUCCCCCGUGCACCUUCGCCGAGUCCCCGACCUAUGCCACAGUCCAGUGCGGCCGGGACAAGCACCUGGACCUGAACAGCGACCUGCUGUAUAUCAACCACUCGUGCGAGCCGUCUCUCAUCUUCGACACGGCUAACUUGAACGUUAUCGCGGGGCCGAACGGCCUCAAGGCCGGGGAAGAACUGACCUUCUUCUACCCGUCUACAGAAUGGGACAUGGCCCAGCCCUUCGACUGCCUGUGCGGCAAGCCGACAUGCCGCGGGCGUAUCAGCGGCGCGAGGGACAUGGCCAAGGCACAGCUUGAGGGCGUCUGGCUGAACGGUCACAUCCUCCAGCUCCUCGAGGAGCGAGAUCUCCGUAAUGCGGGUACCGGCAAGGAAACUGAUCCUGAAAAUGGCACUAGUACUUUAGCCGGUCGUGAUCCCUCGACGGAAGUAGGACCCCCUGAGGAUCUCACUACUCAAGCGCUGAGAGAUGCCUUGAAGCAUGCUGAAAAGGUCGUUGAAGCCGCCAGGAGCGCUCUACAAUCGUACCUUGGUCCAAGGGCACUAUUGACUCACAACGGGGAAGCCCGUGGGAAGAGGGGCAACACGGAUGCCAGCGGACUAGCUGGCCUCGGUGGAGCUAAUGCCGCCUUAGUCUCCGGCCUAACGAGACGCGGCAUCACGUCACGGGAAUUGAGCGGCGAGAUGGGCGGAGAUACUAUUGCAAUCUCAAGCUCGUAAGAGACAAAUCAUGUCCUUAGUUGUUUAGUUCGGUUGCUUCUCUCUUUUCGAAUUCAACAUUCUCGUCUUUAAGUCAGCUCUCAACAGCCUGGCCUGUUUUGAAAGAUAGCACUCACCCAAUGCCCUAGUUAGAAUCAGGGCAAAACGCUCCCUAGAGAUAUGUAUUGGUUAUAAU